AUGGGGUCGUACGCCGAGCCGUAUAUUGUGCCAGGUCGUUAUCAUUCUCAGGUAACAAGGCCAUUGAAAGUCAUAUGUAUUGGUGCCGGGAUCUCUGGACUAUGUCUGGCUUACAAGAUGAUCCGAGGCUUGGAGAAGUUCUCCUUGACCAUAUACGAGAAGAACACAGACAUCGGUGGAACCUGGUUGGAGAACAGAUACCCCGGAUGUGCUUGCGACGUCCCGGCACACAUUUACACCUUCACGUUUGAUCCAAAACCCGACUGGUCCGAGUACUACGCCGGGGCAGAAGAGAUCUACGAAUACUGCCGGGAUUUUUAUCAGAAGCACGACUUGGCCAAGUUCGUCAAGCUCUGCCAUGCGGUCAAAGAAGCUCGCUGGGACGAGGCCAAGUGCAAGUGGAAGGUUGAGGUGGAAAACUCUGAAACGUUGCCCUCCACGAUUAUCAAAGACGAAUGCGACGUGCUGAUCGAUGGUUCCGGCUUUCUCAACACCUGGACCUGGCCGAAAAUCAAAGACUUCGACUCGUUCAAGUUACCCAAGGUGCAUUCUGCACAAUGGAACCCCAAUUUGGAUUACAAGGGCAAGACGGUCGGAGUCAUUGGCAACGGAUCAAGUGCCAUACAACUUGUGCCGAAACUGGCGAAAGAAGUGGCAUGCCUCAAAGUCUUCAUGCGCUCGCCAACGUGGAUCUCACCGGCGCUGGGCGGCGGCGUAGCUCUUCAGUUUCAGGACGAAGUCGGACACAAUGGCCAGACGACUAACCUGGAGAACAAGCACGAACAGUUCACCUUCACCGAGGAGGAGAAGAAUAGGUUCCGCGACGACCCCGAAUACCAUUUGAGGUUCCGAAAAAGGAUCGAGGCCGAGUUCAACACAAUGGCAGAUGCCUUUAUAUAUGGCAGCGACGUCCAAAAGCAAAUGUUCCAGACAAUGACUCAACAGAUGAAGGCGCGUAUAGGCCCAGGACACGAGGACCUCACGGCGAAGCUGAUCCCGCAAUGGGCGCCGGGGUGUCGCAGACUGACUCCUGGUGAUGGUUACCUAGAGACGCUGGUCCAGCCACACGUGCAGCCCGUGUUCGGGGAGAUUGGCCGUCUGACGGAAACAGCAGUGGAAAUGGCAGAUGGGACGCAACACGAGGUUGAUAUACUGGUGUGCGCUACGGGCUUCGACACGUCGUUCAUCCGAGCGUUCCCGAUCAUCGGACGUGAUGGACUGGGCAUGGAAAAGGCCUGGGCCCUGCGCCCAGAUGCAUACCUAGGCAUUGCUGCGCCCAAUUUUCCAAACUAUUUCAUGUCAACGGGACCUCAAGGCCCGUUGGGGAAUGGGACCAUAUUGCCCGCGAUCGAAACCGCAUGUGAAUAUUUUGUUGCAGUCAUGAAAAAGAUGCAAGAAGAGGGCAUUAAAUCCGUGGAACCAAAGAGAUACAUGACGACCAAGUUCCAAGAACACAUGUCGGCUUUCCACAAAAACACCGUCUGGUCGCAGCCAUGCAGUGCUCUGACCUACGUCAAAACCAUUCGGACUCCACGCUUUGAAGACUACGACAUGCAGUAUGAGAGUUCUAAUCCUUGGGCGUUCCUCGGCAACGGCAAAACGAGAGCCCACUACGAGGCCGCCGAAGGUAAAGCAGUUAUCAACCAGCUGGCACCAUAUAUCCGGAAUGAUGACACACCAUGGGCUAUUUAG